CUGCAGUUUAGUGUGAAAAUCUAUUCGCAACCCCGAGUUUCUCCUCUAUUUUUGUGACACUUUUGUGUAAAUUAGCCGGGAAAUAUUUAUUGACGGGUCGUUAUUUUAUAAAUUAUUGCUGAAGUUUGGGGGAAUAAUUGUUGCGGCCUUAUUCAUUAUAGCCAGCCAGUGAAUCACACAUGUCAGAGCUUGAAAUGCUUCCCCUGGAAACAUCAUCCGACUGCGCAAGUCAAAAAGACGUCUACCUGUCUUUGGACGAUCGCGAGUUAUGGCUAAAAUUCCAAACAUUGACCAACGAGAUGAUUGUCACCAAGAAUGGGAGGAGAAUGUUCCCGGUAGUGAAAGUGAGUGUGAAUGGUUUGGAUCCAUCAGCAAUGUAUACAGUGCUACUGGAGUUCGUACAAAUUGAGCAACACAGAUGGAAAUAUGUGAACGGAGAAUGGACUCCGGGCGGGAAAGCGGAAGUGGCUCCGUCAAAUCCGGUCUAUGUACAUCCGGAGUCCCCGAAUUUUGGAGCCCACUGGAUGAAGGAGUCUGUUUCGUUUGCCAAGGUCAAACUCACUAAUAAAACUAAUGGAAGUGGUCAGGUGAGGAAAAUGUAGUCAAUACAUAAUAUCAUAAGAAGAUAUGCCAUGCUAUAG